CGUACUGCUCUCUACCCAACCUAUCUCCAUGGGCCUGAAUCUGAGCAUAUUGCCGAAACCAAGAGUGAAAAAGAACAAGAAUUUUAUCCUUGUGUCAAGUCAAUCACUCUUCCCUGCGCUGAAGCAUCUCAUUCAUCUGUAUCCCACGAAAAUAGUCAGAACAGCACAAAUGAUGAUGACAACAUUUCAGUGCCUCCACUGCCUGCCGAAGCACAUGCCAUGCUCACAACUGAUAAUACUCUUUCCUAUGAGGCUAGAGACAAUCUUUAUUUGAAAAAAAUCGAUCCUAACUCUGUCAACAACUCGGAUGGUGUCUUCUGUUUAGCCAACAAGCAGAUAAUAGACCGCGAUGAGUCCAAUUCAUAUCCUGCUUACUUUGCUGGCGGUUCGACACGUCUAUCUACUGCAUCAACCAUUGCCCCAGCAUCUUAUAAAGAAUUUCACCAACCUAUCUCUUUAUCUUCUGCAUCACCAUCUGCCUCAUGUACUGCCUCAGCCCCUAAUUUGAGCCCUGUAGUAACACCACUUCUCUCAACUGGUCGUCCAGUAUCUUUUGGCAAGAUAGGACUAUUUCAUGUCCGCCUUCCUGGCCUACGCCGAGAUACAGCUAGUCUCAGCCGGUUAGAUGAGCUCUCUGAGGCAGAUAGUACGGCAAGCACUGGUAGUCCAGGAACAGGGGUUGGCUCUCUCAUUAGUAAUGCCGUCGUCCCCUCCAAUGUUGACAUUAAUUGCAGGCGCAAUCUUGCGGUGGCCUUUACUGCGAAUAAAGAUGUUGAUACUGCUGUUACCACUGUCUUUCUCUCAACCGUUGAUGCUGUUAAUGAUUCAACAACCUCUAUAGUGUACAGCCCUAAUAUUACCCCUGCUACCACUGCCUCUACUAAUAGCAACUUGUGUGCACCUACUUCAUUUUCCACAACCAUUUCUACAUCUUUAAUGGAUCCUACCACCACUAGUGCUGUAUCUGGUAUGCAAUGCACAGAAGAAAAAGCCAUUUUAAAUAACUUGGGGCAACAAGGGAAGGCCUGGAGUCCCUUUAGCCCAAUAGGAAAGUUUGAAGCUGCAGAUCCUUCUUCGCGUAUGACGCCGCUUGCACUCAAAACGAAUAUAUCGCCGCCACCACCACCACCCUCGCUACCUCCACUGGCGAUGCCACUUUGUCUACCAGGAUUUGCUUUGCCACCACUCUUUGCCGGUCAUUUGCCAACAUCUGGACAUCCGAUGCCAGUGCAAGUGCCUGUACUACCUGCAAUCUAUUCUGGAGCAGGAAAGCUUCCUGAACGAUCUCGCAGUCGGCAAGCCUCAUCCACGCGACAUCGACUCGCCUUGCUCUCUUGUCGACUGACCGACGGGGCUCGCCGCGAAUACACCACUAUUUGUGAUGACAUUGAUAUGUCCUGCUUUAGUCAAGUAAAUGUCUGUGGUGUUCGUGAAUCACCUCCAAAAAAUCUCAUAUACGGCUUCCUGCUUAAUUAG